AUGGAGAUAGUAGAGGUCGAUCCACGAUCAUUUUUACCUUCUGCGUUAUGUUUCGAGGCCAGGUAUUAUCAUGAUGAUCUUGGUCCUUUUACUUUCUUUGGAGUCAAUCAGAAUGGCUGCCCCUAUGUUGUCACUACCCAGAGGCUCAUUGAAGAAGGUCUGGCCGGUUCUCUAGAAGAUUGGAAUAGGUCUUUUGUCCUAAACCUCCAAAUCUCUAAUGUUUAG